GGGCUUCAUUUAGUAAACGCGUCGAACGCUCCAUGUGGUUGGGAAGUGAGUGAAAGCAUCAGCAUGGAAAUGUUGAAGAUAGAACAAGUCAUUGUUGGGAGUGAGAUGAGAUCCACCGCAGCCGAGAUCAAGUCUGAGCCCGUGGUCACCCCUCUGCAGGCCUAUCAGCAUGAGAGCCUGCAGUGUUUUCAGUGCUUCAUCACCUUCUGUAACUCUAAAGCCAAGGAGAGACACAUGAGAAAGAGUCACCGAGACCAGUACAAACAGCAGCUGCAGCAGACUAAUACGGUUUUUACCUGUUACAAGUGUGACAAGUGCUUCUCCUCCUCUGAGGAGCUCAGCCAGCAUCAGGCCAGCCACAGCACAGAGGAGAAACCCUUCUGCUGCCCCUACUGCCGGAAAAGCUUCUUUACCUUCACUGAGCUGAACAAACACAGACGACAUGAAUGCAUUGAGCGACGGUGUCCCUGCAGGGACUGUGGUGCCUUGUUCCCCAGUCCUUCACGACUUCGCAACCAUCGCAUUGCAGUUCACCCCCAGCGUCCUGUAGUGGCUGAUGACAUCAACACCUACCAGUGCUGCAAAUGUGGUCAUGGUUUCCAGACAGAACAAGAGCUCCUGCAGCACCAGGAGAGAUUUGCAAGUGAUCUAAACUGUGACAUUAAGCUGCAAGGAAAAAAACGUGGCCGCAAACCCAAGUGCGCAGCUCAAGGAGGGAUGGUUGACAGCAAGAAGAUCAAACAAGAAGAGGAAUCAGGGGGAUGCAAAGAAUAUGAUGACUCUCCGACAGAGGGAUGUCCCACCAAUGAGCUGCAACCAGAGCUCAAGAUCCCUUGUCCCGAACCAGAUUGUGACCUCAUAUUUCCUUCUGUUGCAGCCCUGCGGGCACACAAGAGGGGGAAACAUGGGCCUCCCCCUCGAAAGACUCACUUAUGCACAGAGUGUGAUGAGAGUUAUUCUCGGCCUGAGCAGCUCAAAGCACACACGGCCAGGGCUCACUGUUCUGGAUACACCUGUCCCACCAGUGGAAAGAGCUUUGUGCAAGAGAGUGCCCUAAUGGUCCAUCAGAACACUUACACUGAGGGAGAUAAGGCAGCAGAAAAUAGAUAAUAAAAGGGGAAAAGACUGCAGCUUCAUCCUACAACAUUCAGUUAAAUGAUUGUCAGAGUAUUUCUUGCCAUUUUCUGUUUAGUGAAGGAAGAAGAUUUUUAUGUGAAUAUUUUAUUGUGAGAGUUUUUGAAAAAAGGUUAUGCAACUCAGUUGAAAUAUGGAGGUUGUUUCUGGAACAUCAAUUUGUAAUUGCUUUUAGAACAACAUCCUACACUUGUGAAUAAAACUCUAUAUCGCUCUGUACAUAAUUAUGAUUUAUGUUCACUCUGAAAUCAUGUCAAAAGGCCCUUUUUGCUGCCCACAGUACCUCUGUUGUACCUGAAAUGUUUUAUAUUCAUUGUAGAGUAACUAGUUAAUUCUUCCUCAAAUGUGGGAAUGUUUUGUAUUUAACUGUAUUGUUAUUUUCAGGAAAACUCAUAAAGGUGACAACUACACAGAGAAUGUAAGUCCUGCCUAAGGAUAAAUGGACCCGUGUAUAGGAUUCUCUACUAUGGGACUUCAAUGAUGUAAUCUUGGGGUCUUAUUUUUCUUUCCAAAAGUAAAUAAUUGUUGCAUUAAUACUUACAUUUCUGUGGUGUCUUUGUCACUUUGUGUGAGAGUUAGUGUGUAUGUAUGAAUGGGUUAUAGGAUGCUUAUGUCAUUUGUGAAUUAGUAUACUGUAGAUAUACUAUCACUGCUGCCAUUUAAUAUACUGUAUUUAGACUACUACAUAGUACAUCACACUUACACCUUAGCAGGAAUUGUCAUUAAGAAAAAUAACAAUGAACAAACCUAUCAGCUAAACAAUUUGCUACCCACUACCCAGUAUAUAAAGCAGUCAAAUUGAACAAUAUUAUAAUAAUAAAACACUGAUGGGUGCCAUUCUACAUAAUUAGUACUUUUACUUUUGAUGAUUUAAUUAAAUUUGUUGCUAAUGCCUCUGCUGUUGAAUGCAGGAAUUGUAAUGGGAUUUUUCUCAAUUGUGGUAAUGCUACUUCUGGUCAAGUAAAUGGUCUGAAUACUUCUUCCA